AUGGCGCUUCCAGAUCUUACCUAUAUCGCUGCUCCCAUGAUCAAGCAAAGUGAUGCACCCUUCCGGCUGUUGACACAGCGACAUGGAGCAACCCUCGCGUAUACGCAGAUGCUUGACCCUCACAAGCUUCUUGAGGAUCGAGAUUACCUUGAGUUUCAUCAGCGUGAUUUGACUUUUGGUCGCGAUGCUGGUAACGAGACGGAUGGACCGGUAGUGGUCCAGCUAUGUGGCAAUGACCCUGAGAUCAUCGUUCAAGCUGGAAAGAAGAUACAGGGCUUUUGCAGCGGUAUUGGUGGGCUAACUGAAUCGACUGCAAAGUUUUUAGAUUUGAACCUAGGAUGCCCACAAGAGCAUGCCCGUGAAGGUCACUACGGUGGUUAUCUCUUAGCCAAAAAGGACUGGCCACUCGUUCAGACCAUAGGCAAGCAGCAUGUGAUCCUAGUUUCUGCGAUGUCCCACCUAUUGCAGCCACCGACUUCCGUAAAACUACGUCUUUGCCCUUCAUCGUCACCCCCAUCAUCUACGGUUGAAUUUGCCACCCUUCUGGAACAGGCAGGUGCAUCUUGGGUAACUCUUCAUGCGCGUCAUGUAUCCGCCAGACGACGGCGUCAGGGUGCUGCAGAUUUAGAUGUGGUUCGUACUCUGAAGGCGGCACUCAGAGUACCUGUCGUGAGCAAUGGCAACGUUCGUACAUGGGAGGACGUACAAAGGAACAAGAAAGAGACCCGAGCUGAUGGCAUUAUGGUAGGAGAAACCUUGCUAGGAAAUCCUUGCAUAUUUGCAAAUGUCAUCCCAGAUCCUGUCCAAGUAUCUCUUGAAUACCUAGAAAUCUGCAAAGAACUUCCUGAUAUUGCGACUCAUAAGACUAUCGAGACUCAUGUCAGACAUUUUAUUGAAUUUCAGUGCUCUCGGCGGCCAUGGUACAAUAAAUUUCGCACAACACUGCCUGCAUGUGAAGGGAUUCACGACAUCGAGCACUUACUACGCACAAAAGUGACCAGAUGGCGGGGCAAGGCUGCACUCAAAAAUCAUGACGCAUGCACCGAUGAUCUGGAAUAUACCACGGAUUGA